AUGUGCCUGGCUGGGUGCACACCCCGCACGGCGGCGGCGCCAGGACGCGGAGCGCUCCCCAGAGCCCGGCUGCCUCGCUCGGCUCUGGCGACCGCGACCAUGUUCCAGCCCACAGCCAAGCGUGGCUUUACCAUCGAGUCCUUGGUAGCCAAGGACGGCGGCACCGGCGGGGGCACUGGCGGCGGGGGCGCCGGCUCCCAUCCCCUGGCGGCGGCCGCCUCGGAGGAGCCACUCCGGCCCACGGCGCUCAAUUACCCUCACCCCGGCGCGGCCGAGGCGGCCUUCGUGAGCGGCUUCCCCGCCGCCGCCGCCGCCGCCGCCGCCGCGGGCGCCGGUCGCUCGCUGUACGGUGGGCCCGAGCUCGUGUUCCCCGAGGCCAUGAACCACCCCGCGCUGACCGUGCACCCGGCGCACCAGCUGGGCGCCUCCCCGCUGCAGCCCCCGCACUCCUUCUUCGGCGCCCAGCACCGGGACCCUCUGCACUUCUACCCCUGGGUCCUGCGGAACCGCUUCUUCGGCCACCGCUUCCAGGCGAGCGACGUGCCCCAGGACGGGCUGCUUCUGCACGGCCCCUUCGCGCGCAAGCCCAAGCGGAUCCGCACGGCCUUUUCGCCCUCGCAGCUCCUGCGGCUGGAGCGCGCCUUCGAGAAGAACCACUACGUGGUGGGCGCCGAGCGGAAGCAGCUGGCCGGCAGCCUCAGCCUCUCGGAGACGCAGGUGAAGGUGUGGUUCCAGAACCGGAGGACAAAGUACAAGCGGCAGAAGCUGGAGGAAGAGGGGCCUGAGUCUGAGCAGAAGAAGAAGGGCUCCCACCACAUCAACCGGUGGCGCAUCGCCACGAAGCAGGCCAACGGGGAGGACAUCGACGUCACCUCCAAUGACUAGGGUGGGCAGCCACGGAUCCACAAGAGCAGAGCUGCUCGCUGCUGGCCAGGGCCCCCAGGUGGGCCCAGCUGGACUCUGGCCGCUCCCCCGCCCGCCAGGCUUCGGGGAGGCCUCGAGCCACGGCCUCGCAGGGCUUGGAGCCUGGGGCCACUGCUGACGGAGGGACAAGAAAUGGGCUGGCUGAGGCCUGGGACUCCUCCACCUUCUCCUCAGAGAGCCCGCCUGCCUGGGCAGGCCGCCGGCCACAGCAGCCUCCCAGCCACUCUCCACUUCUCUGAUCUCCUGUUUGUUUUGAUGCGUUUCUGUUUUAAUUUAUUUUCCAGGCACCCACUGUAGUUCUUAGUGAUUUCCUUGUAUCUCCCUUCCCUAUGGGAAUAAUAAAAGUCUCUCUCUUAA